CCGCGCGAGAGCCGUAUCCUGAGCCUAAUCUUGAGAAAUCUGGAGAAGGUGACCCCCUUUCCGGCGGUUUCAUCAACAUCAUGGCAAUCGAGAGCUCUGCGAUAAAAGAAAACUUGGGUCAUCAGAGCAUGGAUUUAGACAUGGAAGAUGUGGGCGGCCAGGGCGAGGGGAAGGAACAGUCACAGACGAGUGAAGGUAAGGAUUACUCUGAGCUUCAGGGCGCCGAAUCCGAUGCUGUGGUUGUCGAAUUCGAUGUAUGUAACUGUAGCCACUCUGUGCCUUGCUUCCUUAGGAGAGUUUUGAGAGAAGAACUAGGUGAAUAUGGGAGUGGACAUAGACUUUUAGUCCUUGCAAUUCACGCGGUUAUGUUAGGAUCUGGGUUUGUCAGGUUCAACUCGGCUACCCGAACCCGGGCCGAUCGUCUCCGCCUUCCUGAUCAGUUGCUCUCUGCAUCGUCCAACUUCCAGUUAUCCUACUAUACUCUGCCCGACCUCAUUGCGGACGAAUCGAAUGAGGUCGAGAGCGUAAUUCUAAAGUUUCGCCCUAUAGGCCACUUACUGCUUGUUAGUGGGCAUCUGGCCAAGGGAAAGUCGGAUCUGCGUAGCACCUGUCUGGAUGUGUUCAGAUGUGAAGUUCUUGAAUUCUGGAAGGUUGUGAAGGAUCAGUUGGCAUUGCCUCUUUUAAUAGAUCUCAGCGAGAGGGCUCAUUUGCCACUCCCAUCUUGUCUCAUGCGCCUCCCGACGGAGUUGAAGCUUCAGAUUCUGAAGCUUCUUGACAUAUACGACCUCCUACAAAUGGCUCUUGUGAGCUCUGAGUUUCGGGGCUUGUCCUCGCAUGGCGAUGUGUGGAAGCAGAAGUUCCUCGCCGAGUUUGGCGAUGUGAAUGAAAUGCAAGGUGUGUCGAAUUGGUAACUCUUGUAUGUGACGGAUGUAUAGGAUGAGGAAGAGGGUAGGGAGGGACCGAGACCCCCUAUGUGUAAUCCGAGGAGAUCCCCGUUGGCCGCCGGGACUAAGGUCCGCAAUUUUCAGUCAGUUCCCUUGAUUUACCCGUCACAAUGUUGGGCGCAACUGCCACUCCAAUGCUGGAGGAUUGAAUCGUUAGUUCUCGAUCCAGGAUCACUUGCUGACUUACCUUCUUCACAAUAAGGUAUUUGAGGACGGCAUGUAGCUUACGUUUUUGCAUAUUAUCUUUUGAGUUUUUCGGGCUUCUGGUUUACGUUUUUGCCAUAGUUGAUAGGUAUAAUUAAUUUUACUUUCUUAGGAAACAAGGAAGGGGUUGUCGGUACAGUCAAGUUCUACCAGCAGU